CCAGGUGCACCAACAUUGCCAUCAGUACCAGGAUUUCCUGAUGCUCCUGUAUCACCACGAGAUCCGGUCAAACCUUGUGCUCCAGCAUCUCCCAUUGGUCCUUUGGAACCAGCUGGUCCAGGAGAUCCAAGUAAACCUACGUCUCCUGGGAAACCUUUAGCCCCAUUAUCUCCAGGAACACCAGGUUGUCCUUGUGGUCCUGUCGGUCCAGAAGGUCCUGGAGACCCAACAGGUCCAAUACUUCCUGCAGGUCCUGGUGAUCCAGUGCCUCCUCGAACACCAGGCGCUCCAAUUUGGCCAGCUGGCCCCGGAGAACCAGUAGGUCCAACGGGUCCGGGAAGUCCAUUUGAUCCUUGUGAGCCUGCUAAUCCAGAUUUUCCUGGAUUUCCAUUAAAACCGGCGUCUCCUGGAUUACCUUUUGCGCCAGUGUCUCCUGAACCACCAGCUGGCCCCACCGGACCUGGCUGCCCACUAGGUCCCAUAAACCCUGUUGCACCAGAUGGUCCUGAAAGUCCAAUGCUACCAGGUAAUCCUGGUAAUCCAGGAGUACCAGGAAAUCCCACAAAACCUUUCAUUCCUGGUAAUCCAACUGGUCCAGGAGAACCAGCUAUUCCAGGAGUGCCUUUUAAGCCUGGAGACCCAACAGGUCCAAAAGGACCUGCAUUUCCAGGAGAUCCUGGA